AUGUCUUCCGGCCCUUCUGUAGUCGCACUCGGUCAACUACUUCAGCUGUGUAGUCGCCACCUCGACGUGAUGCAAUUGCUGGUCUCCAAUCCUGCUGCUCUUGAUACCCUGUCCAAGCAUCCAGAGAAGGCGUUGGCUGCUCUCACUGAGCUCGAUGGAGUCGAAGAAGAGGAUAUUCCCUACGGUCUGAACUCGAUGGGCACCCCCAACAUGCUCGCACGCGUCCAACACCUGAAAGCCCUGGACAUCUCAUACGAGCCAAGCGAUACCAUGUACGCCCAACACGUGCUCAACCGCACCCUAAGCGGCAUCAUGGUCCGCACGCGGAUCGUCUGCCAGAGCGAACAAGCGCAAAGGACCGGCUGCGCCACCCUAUUAAUGAUGCGCGGACCGCACCAACCUUACAUGCCCGACACAGCAGGCGCGCUUGGUGUCUUUUUGAGUGCCGUACAGCGUUCAGAAGAUUGGCCGGUCUUCGAGAACGUGUUCGUGUCGCAGACAAGGGAUCAUGGGAGGAACAACCUCCACGCCGAUGAUUGGUUGUAUGCCGGUCGUUACGAACUUGUGGAGAGUCAAGCGCUUCGUGAUGCCGAGAUUAAGGAUCUGCCCGCUGAGAGUUUGGAAUACUGGGUCAUCCACAUCCACCGCGUGAAGGGCGCUCAACUCGAUCGCUUACGUGCUCGCAUCUAUCUAUCUGUUGUAGACCAUUUGACGACCAUCACCGAAGUGGACAUAUCUCGUUGCAUCGCCGAGCACGAUAGCGACAUAGUCAUAACCGCGAUUCGUCCGAGCGAUAUCAAAGAUGCUCUCCUAGACGGUACCAUCGCGCUUCAAGCCUUUACCAUGAGACCCGUCGGCUACGAUGUUGGCGUCCCAAUGCUUCUGAAACAGACGCGCGAACGCAUACAAGCCGAGCAAGAGGCUGACGACCCUGAGAUCGAAAUCAUCUCUGGUCCAAUUCGCGGCACCAAGCGCAAAACACCACCCACAUCCGUCGAGUCUCCCCGUUCUCGCCCUGGACCUGGCUCUGGACCAUCUACACCUACAGCUACGCCGAUGUGGCGAGGUGGGAUCGAUAAUGGUUCGCUGGUUCCUCCCAUGACACGACCAAGAAGGAGUACGGUCAACGCCGUGAACUAUCGCGAACUUGACUCGCCGGAUCCGGAAGGUGAUCGUGAGCCGCCAUCAUACUACCCACUAAGGACUGGACUGUUGUUCUUAAGCUUCCCCGCGUCGAGCCCUGCCCAGGCGAUGGGGAAAAGCACCGCCAGAAAAGGCAAAGGCAAAGCUUUACCGCAACCAGUCGAGGAACCUCUACAAUCUAUACCGGAGACACCGCAAGAGGAGAAAGCGGCGGCAUGGGGCGUACCCGCGAUUGACGCCAACGCAGACAGCGGAGGAGGCGGAUGGGCCCAUGACGAGAAUAAUAAUGCGGGAUGGGGUGAGGCUGGUGCUGGCGCCGACGAUGGCGGUAUCCCGGGCGCAUGGGACACUGAGCCUGCAGAACAUGCCCAUCAACAGUCGCCAAUGUCCAUGAAUACGCCGAGGACACUCGCAGCGUCCCCGCGCUCGUACGCGGACGCGAAAUUGGAUGGUCGGCCUCCAUCGUUACAGGGUCCGCCUAUGGGCUUACAGGGUCCGCCCAUGGGCUUACAGCAGCCACCGAUGGGUCUACAACAACCGCCCGAAGUCGACUGGGGAUAUCCCACGAAACCCCCGCCUGCGCCGGCGCCUCCACCAGCACCUACACUCCGUCCGAGCCGACAAAGCUCGAAGAACUCCAAACGCGCUCAGGCUCAACCUCCGCGUAGCUCGUACAAAGCUCAAGCGACGCACGCUGCUCCCGCAUACACCACUCAGACGUCAUAUUCAACUACAGGAUACGGCGCUGCGCCAGCGACAACAGCGUACGGCGUCGCACCCGGGACCGGCCGCGGCGGCGCAGGCUUUGGAACCUGGCAAAACUGGGCUGCUGAAGUGGGCAUGCAACCGCCCCAACAACAGCAGUCCCAGCACGUGAAGUUCGCGAGUCAUUCGACGCAUAUCCCGAGCUCUGUACCGAGUGCGACGAUGCAGCAGGCGUAUAAAUCUGGGUGGAAGACGUCUGGUGCGGGGAAGUAUGGGCGUCAUGGAACACAGGCUGCUCCGGCUGCUAAUAGUGGCUGGGCUACGACUGGCGGGGGAGCUGCUACAGGGUGGGAUACGGGUGCGCAGACUCACGGGCAGGCAUGGGGCGCACAGGAUCAGGGAUGGGGAGGGAAUGAACAAAGCGCGUGGGAUGAGGGUCACGGUGGAGGGUGGGAACAGGGCCAAAACGACGAGUGGGGGGACGAAGGCUGGGAUGAAGGCGGCGGCGAUCAGUGGGAUAAUGGUGGUGGUGGAUGGGAUAAUGGCGGCCACGACGCGGGAGGAUGGGGACAGGAGGCCGACGAAGGAUGGCAGGACUGGCCAGCGGAUAAUGGGAAAGCGUGGGCGGAUACGGCUGAGCCAGCACAAGCGCCGCCUCAGUCGGGGCACAAUGAUGGGUGGAGAAAUUGGGGGAAGAACGCAAAUGGCGCGCAGGCGACGCAAAGUUGGGGAGGGCAGCGCGCGUCGGGGCAGCAGUAUUGGUCACCUACACCAGCCGGGAUGGACGAUCGACCGAUAUCGCAUACUAUGGCAUAUGCCACCGGCAGCCCUACAAAGACACACAAGCAUCAUUCUUAUGAUGGCGGCCAAGGCCGGCAGUCUAUUACUAUUCCGCCCGGCUGGACAUUGGCGCAUAGAGGCAUGGAUCUGUAUAAGGCGCACAAGUUCAAGUUGACGGAGAACGGAGAGACACUUGUUGCGUUGGAUUUGCCGCUGUUCAAUCGCGGCAGGAUGGCGAAGGAGAGAUUGAGGUGGAUGUUUCCGCCUGAUAAGGAUAAGAGAGUUAGUGUCACAUUGAGGUGGAUUAAGGACGUCGAGCAUGGAUUGGGCGCAUUUGCUCUUGAUGUUUACCUUAUGCGUCAAGAGCGCGGUGCUCUCAUUGUCAACGCUGCGACUUUCGAUCCACCGGCCCCGGAAUUCGACUGGCUCUCGUACCAUGACGCCAAAGAAACGCUCGACAAGCGGAUCCAAGAGUCCAUCGUCACAUACGACCCAACGAAACACGCCAUCAUAAUGGUCUUCCUCCCUAGUCCGUCAGGAAACAGUGCAGCCGUCUGGCGAAGAAGAAUUGAAGUACCCAAAGGCGCUCGAUCACAUCGCAAAGGAGAGAUCAGGAGUAAACCGAAGGUCGUAGUGGAGAAAACGGUGUUCGUUGACGAGCUCACAAAACCGGAGGAUCUGAAGAGGCAAAAGAAGGAGAAGAAUAAGAAGAAGGGCAUCUGGAAGCGCCUCUUUGGCGGGAUCAAGAUCGUCUGGUAG